CAGCGAUGGAGCCCUCGGCGGCGAAGCGAAAGAUCCUUGUGACAAGGAACAAUGCGUAUCUGCUUGGAAGGCUUGCCCAGCAUCCAUGGAUUGAUGUGGACUGCUUCGACCAGAGCGCAUCGGCGAUUCCUCCAGUGGAGUUGGAAGCGCGUGCGAAAAAUUGCGCUGGGAUCAUCUGCAUGAUCUCAGACAAGAUAUCAGCCAAAGUUCUAGACAGCGCUGGUCCUUCACUGAAGGUUGUCUCGACAAUUUCCGUCGGGUUCGACCACAUCGAUGUGGCAAUCUGUCGGGAGCGCGGCAUUCUUGUCGGCCACACACCAGGCACUCCCGUCCAUCUUGACGAAAACUCACGAACAUGCUACGCAGGAUGUCUACACGAGUCCACCGCCGAACUGGCCGUCGCACUGACGUUUGCGGCCAAGCGGCGCCUCUUUGAAAGCCAUGUUGGUGCUCGCCAUGGCGAGUGGGGAGUGGUUCAGAUGUACCAAUUCUGCGGCACGGACGUGUCGAGGAACACGAUCGGGGUCAUCGGGAUGGGCGAGAUUGGGCUUACGUACGCCAGGUUCAUGCAUCGUGGGUUCAAUUGCCGCAUUUUGUACACGGGGCCUCGCGAAAAGCCAAACGACGUGGACGCUGAGUUUGUCGAUUUGGAAGCGCUACUUCGUCGCAGCGAUGUUGUGUCUAUCCAUUCACCACUCAACGAGCAGACCGCGGGCAUGCUGAACGCCACUACCUUUGCAAUGAUGCAGCCACAUGCAGUGCUCAUCAAUACUGCCCGAGGUGGGAUCGUCGAUCAAGACGCACUUGUGCAUGCAUUGACGGUGGGGAAAAUUGCGGCGGCGGCGCUCGACGUGACCGUGCCGGAGCCUUUGCCCCUCGACCAUCGCCUCUACGACUUGCCCAACUGCAUUGUUGUGCCGCAUAUCGGAGCAGCCACGGUCGAAACCAGGCAUCGGAUGGUUGACCGAGCCGUGGACAACCUCUUGGCUGGUCUGACAACGUCGUCACUUCCGUACCCCAUUCCGAGUGUCCAGCAUUAAUUCGUCGAUUAUCGCGUUGAAUUCGAACGACCUGUGGCCGACGCGCCAUGCGGCUGGCGCACAUGCGUGACGAGUCGUACCCGAGCUGGAUGGUCAGGUCCAACUUGUCGAAUUCGAGGGUUCCAAUCGCUUGAACGGGCGGUUUGAAGUACAGAUCCACGUAAUGGUUGAUCACGUACGCUUUGUUUUGGUAAAA